AUGACUUAGAGGAACGGAACCCAACAACAUAUUGUAUGGCAGGUCUCAUUUUACAAAACAUUGCUUUUCUUUUGCUCGCAGAGAAAUUAAAAUCUAUUGUCAUUUAUUCGUUUUGGAUGUCAGAGUAAACGGUGUGAGGUUCAGAAUAAGCAGAUCGCUGCAUCUGAAAUCUAAGCGGCGGCUUGCCGGCGUUGCAGGGUCUUUAGUGUGCUAUUAACCGCAGAAGAGGAGGUGUUGGCGACUUGUGAGAUUGGUUUCUAAAUUAUUUUCUUCACCAGUUUAUCGUUAUAAAACAUUAACGAAGGUGAGCGGGAUGGAGUUGCAGGCUGUGUUAAUGGCCGCAGGCGGUGGCUCCCGGAUGAUGGACCUGACCUACAGUAUUCCCAAACCUCUCCUGCCCGUGGGGAACAAGCCACUCAUCUGGUACCCGCUGAACCUGCUGGAGAGAGUUGGAUUCGAAGAGGUCAUUGUCAUCACAACGAAGGAGGUUCAGAAGUGCCUGAGCUCUGAGACCAGGAUGAAGCUGGAUGUUGUGUGUAUUCAGGAGGAAGCAGAUAUGGGUACAGCCGACGCCCUGCGCUAUAUUCAUCAGAAGGUCAAGACAGAUAUUUUAGUUGUGAGCUGUGACUUGAUCACUGAUGCCGCCUUGCAUGAAGUAGUUGACUUAUUCCGAGCCCAUGAUGCCACACUGUCGAUGCUGAUGAGUAAAGCACAUGAAUUCACAGAAACUGUUCCUGGACAGAAAGGAAAGAAAAAUACAGGGGAACAGAGGGAUUUUGUUGGGGUUGACAGCUCAGGACAAAGACUGCUCUUUAUGGCCAAUGAGGCAGAUUUGGAUGAGGAUCUUGUUAUCAGGAAAUCCAUCAUACAAAAGCACCCAAGAAUGCACAUGAAAACUGGCCUUGUUGACGCACACCUGUACUGCCUAAAAAAGUCUGUGGUUGACUUCUUAGCUGACAACAAAUCCAUCACAUCCAUUCGUGGAGAACUGGUUCCAUAUUUGGUCCGCAAGCAGUUCUCCAGGUCAACUAAUUCAUCGAAGACCAAAGAGGAAAUGGAGGAGGAGCAGAAGAAAAAUAACACAAAAACAUCAGAUAUCUACAUCUCAUCCAAAGACGAGGAUCUUCUUCAGCUCGCGCGUGACAAGUCUUGCUGGAACGACCAUCGGGGAGACAUGAGUGAUGCCUACCAUGGCGACCGACUGCGCUGCUAUGUGCACAUCAUGGAAGAUGGCAUGUGUUACCGUGUCAACACCCUGGCUGCAUACAUUGAGGCCAACCGCCUAGCUCCCAAAUUCUUCUCCGAAGAGCCCCAGGUUCAUACAACAGCUGUGAUCUCUGAAUUGAGUAUGGUUGGGACAGACAGUAUCAUUGGCCCAUCCAGUCAAGUCUGCGAGGAAACGUCCAUCAAGCGGUCUACUAUUGGAGCCUCAGCCUUGAUCAAGGAGAAGGUGAAGAUCAUCAACUCCAUUAUAAUGAAUGGGGUUACGAUUGAGGAAGGAUGCAGCAUUCAGGGGAGUGUGAUCUGCAGUAAUGCUGUAAUAGGCAGAGGUGCUGAUAUCAAGUACUGUUUAAUAGGAAGUGGACAACGCAUUGAUCCAGAGGCUGAAAGAAGCAAUGAAGUUAUAGUGGGAAAUGACCAACUCAUGGAGAUCUAAUGACACUAGAAGCCCCGCUCCGCAGAUCCAAAAACUUCAAAGCUGGCAAUUCAUCUGGAGCUUAAUGCACUAGUUAACAACUCUGCGCUCUGAAGUUGUAUUUUAUCUGCAGUCUUUUUUAUACACAUUGUGAAGGAGGCCAAUAAAAUUGAAAAAUUA